AUGGCAAAGCUAUUGGGCAUCACAAUGCAAAUAGUAUUAUCAGAUGAGGAUGCAACCAACACCAACACUAACACCAACACCAAUGUGAACAAUGCUACAAACAAAAAAACUGUCAAAAUUGAAUUAGAAGAGGAUGUUUUGGGAGAUGAACCAUCUGAACAGGAUUGGGAGAGUGAGGGAUUCAAAAGUGAAGAAGAUAUGGGACCUGUACAGUAUGACUAUUGA